GGCGUGGACUUGCUUUGUUAUUGUUUCAACCGCUGAUUGGCCCUAUAAGGUUAGGAUUGUGGGCUAGAAUGAUCUGAUCCUAGAUCCUGUAGUUAGAGACUUGUAGUGUAGAAUCCGUUUUAUAGCUGCAGUGCCAUUACUCAACGAUAGAUACAAUGACGGGGUAGGCCGUCAUUGUAAAUAAGAAUGUGUUCUUAAACUACUUUCCUAAUUAAAUAAAGGUUAAAUAAAAAUAAAUAAAAUAAAAUAAUCAAUUUUAUAGAUGCAGUGCCAUUACUGAACGAUAGAUACAAUGACGGAGUAGGCCGUCAUAGUAAAUAAGAAUGUGUUAUUAAAUUACUUGCCUAAUUAAAUAUAUGUUAGAUAAAAAUAAAUAAAAUAAAAUAAUACAUUUUAUAGCUGCAGUGCCAUUACUGAACGAUAGAGGCAGGAAGUAGAUACGUUGGAUGCAGACACCGGAAGUAGGACAUUUCGUCACUGUUGUGGGAAAUUCAAACUUCGACAACAGGACAUCACUGAGAGAGAGGGCGUAUAUUACAAAUACAAAGUAUAUAUUUCCCCACAUUCGUGAUAACGUUUGCUUUCCUCACAAUAUCCAAGUUUGUAUUUAAGCCGGAAGAUUGUGUUUUCGGGUGACCAUGGACAGCGCGGCGGAACUCCUCAAGUACUAUGAAGUCUACGAGACCAUCGGCUCCGGAGGCUUUGCUAAGGUCAAGCUGGGUCGCCACAUCCUGACAGGAGAGAAGGUGGCCAUUAAAAUCAUGGAGAAGAAGGAACUGGGGGAGGACCUUCCUCGUGUGAAGGUGGAGAUAGAGGCCAUGAAGAGUCUGAGCCAUCAGCAUGUCUGUAGCCUGUACCAUGUUAUAGAGACUAACACCAAGAUAUACAUGGUGCUGGAGUAUUGUCCAGGAGGAGAGCUGUUUGACUACAUCAUCGCUAAGGACCGUCUGUCUGAAGAGGAGACCAGAGUGUUCUUCAGACAGAUCGUCUCAGCUCUGGCCUACGUCCACAGCCGGGGGUACGCCCACAGAGACCUCAAACCGGAGAACCUGUUGCUAGAUGAAGACCACAACCUGAAACUGAUCGACUUUGGUCUCUGUGCCAAACCAAAGGGGGGUCUGGGAUAUGAGUUGAUGACCUGUUGUGGUAGUCCGGCCUAUGCUGCUCCAGAACUCAUCCAGGGUAAAGCCUACAUCGGCUCGGAGGCUGAUGUGUGGAGUAUGGGGGUACUGCUGUAUGCUCUGCUGUGUGGAUGUCUGCCCUUUGAUGACGACAACUGUAUGGUCCUCUACAGAAAAAUCACCAGAGGUACGUACAACAACCCUCACUGGCUGACUCCUGGGAGCGUCCUGCUACUCAACCAGAUGAUGCAGGUGGAUCCUAAGCAUCGUGUGACCAUCAGACAACUCCUAGACCAUCCCUGGACGAUGUCUGGCUAUGACGAUCCUGUAGAGUGGCACAGCAAGCAACCUUUGGGUUAUAUAGAUGAGGACUGCAUCACUGAGAUGUCCGUCAACCUGAAGAAGUCCAGGCAGAGCACCCUACAGCUGGUCAAUGAGUGGAAGUACGACCAAACCACUGCCACCUACCUGUUGCUACUCUCUAAGAAACAGAGAGGGAAACCUGUCCGGAUCAGGCCUCAACUUCCUGUCUGUGAUGUCAUAUCCUGUUCACCUCAACACCUGGGAGUUCAGACUCGGCUCUUCGGUGAUGAUGAUGAUGCUGAGGACUGUUGCUAUGACGAUGACCUGCCCUGGGUUCCACUCACACCCCAACAAGAGAGAGCGACCUGUCCGUCAGCUGAAAAGAGGCGGGAUCAAACUAAACACGCCCCCACUCCGGAGAGGGAGCCAAUCACACACCACCACCGUCGCCAGGAGAGGCGGGACCGAUGCCAGGAACGGACCAAUGAAAACAAAGAGAAUGUUGCCGUGGCCAAUAAGGAUGCUGAUAUAUUUGCUUUGCCCGCCCCCCGAACCCCAGUAUCCAAUAGGAAGGCAACUCGGCCCAGUAAGAGGGUCUUGACUACACCAACCCAUAAUAACACCAAGGUUGGCAACAAGGUAGACACACCCCAAGGAGGAGGCAGUACUUGUAAGGACCCGUCGAGGAAGAGACAGAGGGAGAGAGUGGAAAGAAAGGAGGAAGAAGAGCUGGAGAUACUGACCUUCAGCCCAGAGAGAAGGUCCCGGUCGUUAGACCUGGCGGGGGCGUCUCGGGGUGACAGCAGCCAGAAGAGAAGGGGGGUUAAGGUAUUCGGCAGUCUGGAGAGAGGGCUGGAUAAAGUCAUCACCCUGCUCACACCCAGCAAGAGACGAGGGCUACGGGACGGACCACGCAGGAUCAAGGCCCAGUAUAAUGUAACGUUGACCAGUCAGACCAACCCGGACCAGGUGUUGAACCAGAUCCUCUCCGUUCUACCGGAGAAACACGUCGACUUCGCACAGAAAGGCUAUACUCUGAAGUGUCGUACCCAGGGGGACUUUGGGAAGGUGACCAUGGCGUUUGAGCUGGAGGUGUGUCUACUGCACAGACCUGAGGUGGUGUGUGUGAGGAGACAGAGGCUGAAGGGAGACUCCUGGGUCUACAAACACCUGGUGGAGGACAUCCUCUCUACGUCCAGCAUCUAGACGUCACUACUUCCUGUCCAUGAUGUCACAUCCUGUCCACGUCCAGCACCUAAAGCCGGUGUCUUAACUAAUUCCAUGUAGGGCAGAGGGUCUGCAGGUUCAUGCUUCACUUGUACUUAAUUGAUGAAUUAAGGUCACUGAUUAGUUAGGACCUCCCCUCACCUGGUUGUCUAGGACCUCCCCUCACCUGGUUGUCAUGGACUUCAUACUGACACAUAGUGAUUAGUUAGGACCUCCCCUCACCUGGUUGUCUAGGACCUCCCCUCACCUGGUUGUUAUGGACUUCAUACUGACACAUAGUGAUUAGUUAGGACCUCCCCUCACCUGGUUGUCUAGGACCUCCCCUCACCUGGUUGUCAUGGACUUCAUACUGACACAUAGUGAUUAGUUAGGACCUCCCCUCACCUGGUUGUCUAGGACCUCCCCUCACCUGGUUGUUAUGGACUUCAUACUGACACAUAGUGAUUAGUUAGGACCUCCCCUCACCUGGUUGUCAUGGACUUCAUACUGACACAUAGUGAUUAGUUAGGACCUCCCCUCACCUGGUUGUCUAGGACCUCCCCUCACCUGGUUGUCUAGGACCUCCCCUCACCUGGUUGUCUAGGACCUCCCCUCACCUGGUUGUCUAGGACCUCCCCUCACCUGGUUGUCAUGGACCUCCCCUCACCUGGUUGUCAUGGACCUCCCCUCACCUGGUUGUCAUGGACCUCCCCUCACCUGGUUGUCAUGGACCUCCCCUCACCUGGUUGUCAUGGACCUCCCCUCACCUGGUUGUCAUGGACCUCCCCUCACCUGGUUGUCAUGGACCUCCCCUCACCUGGUUGUCAUGGACCUCCCCUCACCUGGUUGUCUAGGACCUCCCCUCACCUGGUUGUCUAGGACCUCCCCUCACCUGGUUGUCAUGGACCUCCCCUCACCUGGUUGUCUAGGACCUCCCAUAACCUGGUUGUCUAGGACCUCCCCUCACCUGGUUGUCAUGGACCCCGCCUCACCUGGUUGUCUAGGACCUCCCCUCACCUGGUUGUCUAGGACCUCCCCUCACCUGGUUGUCUAGGACCUCCCCUCACCUGGUUGUCUAGGACCUCCCCUGGUUGUCUAGGACCUCCCCUCCCCUGGUUGUCUAGGACCUCCCCUCACCUGGUUGUCUAGGACCUCCCCUCACCUGGUUGUCUAGGACCUCCCCUCACCUGGUUGUCUAGGACCUCCCCUCACCUGGUUGUCUAGGACCUCCCCUCACCUGGUUGUCUAGGACCUCCCCUCACCUGGUUGUCUAGGACCUCCCCUCACCUGGUUGUCAUGGACUUCAUACUGACACAUAGUGAUUAGUUAGGACCUCCCCUCACCUGGUUGUCUAGGACCUCCCCUCACCUGGUUGUUAUGGACUUCAUACUGACACAUAGUGAUUAGUUAGGACCUCCCCUCACCUGGUUGUCAUGGACUUCAUACUGACACAUAGUGAUUAGUUAGGACCUCCCCUCACCUGGUUGUCUAGGACCUCCCCUCACCUGGUUGUCUAGGACCUCCCCUCACCUGGUUGUCUAGGACCUCCCCUCACCUGGUUGUCAUGGACCUCCCCUCACCUGGUUGUCAUGGACCUCCCCUCACCUGGUUGUCAUGGACCUCCCCUCACCUGGUUGUCAUGGACCUCCCCUCACCUGGUUCUCAUGGACCCCGCCUCACCUGGUUGUCUAGGACCUCCCCUCACCUGGUUCUCAUGGACCCCGCCUCACCUGGUUGUCUAGGACCUCCCCUCACCUGGUUGUCUAGGACCUCCCCUCACCUGGUUGUCUAGGACCUCCCCUCACCUGGUUGUCAUGGACCUCCCCUCACCUGGUUGUCAUGGACCUCCCCUCACCUGGUUGUCAUGGACCUCCCCUCACCUGGUUGUCAUGGACCUCCCCUCACCUGGUUGUCAUGGACCUCCCCUCACCUGGUUGUCAUGGACCUCCCCUCACCUGGUUGUCAUGGACCUCCCCUCACCUGGUUGUCAUGGACCUCCCCUCACCUGGUUGUCAUGGACCUCCCCUCACCUGGUUGUCUAGGACCUCCCCUCACCUGGUUGUCUAGGACCUCCCCUCACCUGGUUGUCUAGGACCUCCCCUCACCUGGUUGUCUAGGACCUCCCCUCACCUGGUUGUCUAGGACCUCCCCUCACCUGGUUGUCUAGGACCUCCCCUCACCUGGUUGUCAUGGACUUCAUACUGACACAUAUCAAACAGCAGAUGACUGCCCUCCGUGGAAUGAGUUGGACACCUUCUGAUCUAGUGCCUGUCUACAGAAGCACAGAUCUAGGACCAGUCUCCAUUUCCUCAACCUUAAAUAGUAUAACUAUAACUAGUCAGAUCUAGGACCAGUCUCCAUUUCCUCAACUAGUAUAACUAGUAGGGGAAUCUACAUGAAAACUGACCUGAGAUCAGUUUCGUGUUUUAUAAAAUGACCACUUCCUCUCUUUUACAGGUGACAUUCCUUUCCUCCUUAAACAUGUUUCCCUUUAAGUGUGUCGCGUUUUAUUCCCCCCCCCCCCCCACUGAUUCAGUAGCAGGAAGGAGUUUUGAGGUGUUACGGUAUCAUAGAGCCUUUUAGCAUCGCGGAAUAACAGUUUACGGAAAGAAUUAAUACUUUACAGAAUAACAGUUUACUGAAAGUGUUAAUACUUUACAGAAUAACAGUUUACAGAAUAACAGUUUACGGAAAGAAUUAAUACUUUACAGAAUAACAGUUUACGGAAAGAAUUAAUACUUUACAGAUUAACAGUUUACUGAAAGAAUUCAUACUUUACAUAUGAACAGUUUACUGAAAGAAUUAAUAAAACUGUGUUUGUACAUAUACCAGUAAUAGGAUUCCCAAUGUACUUGUUUCUCUAUCAUGUCUUUUACAUUUGUAGGAGAAAUGUUGUUUUAACUAUAGUAUGUUUUCAGAUUUUCUGUCGUUACGUCUUUCUGUCUGUAAGAUGAUUUAUGUUAAUGUUGUAAAGGAACAAAAUAAAUGGAGUUUGUGUU